GACCAAGCGAGAUCGGAUGGGCUGUUUUUUGCGGGUGGCGGUUACCAGAUUUCACCCGUGACUGAGAAGUAAGACGUCGACGUCAUCAAAAUGUUCAAGGUGCAGUGCGAUAAAUAUGAAGUUUGUUAGCAAAUCUGAAUCGCUGGUAUCCUGCAUCCAAUUUCCCCCCACUCUGAAAACUAUUAUGGCUUCAAAGCUUGGUUUGCAGCUCGCUCAAAGAUCUUUGGCUGCUUCUGCACCAAAGAGUCUUGCACGUCAAACUUUGUCACUCCAAAACAGACAAAUGUCAACUGAUGUUACAAAGCAAAAUGAUGCUAAGGAUGUCGCCAUCGGUCAACCUAGCAACGGCGCAGAAUACAUCCUUUCAAAUGUCGACAAGGUCGUCGCUUGGGCUCGUCAGGGUUCAAUGUGGCCUAUGACCUUCGGUUUGGCCUGCUGUGCCGUAGAAAUGAUGCACAUCGCCGCUGCUCGAUACGAUCAGGAUCGUUUGGGUAUUGUUUUCCGUGCCUCUCCUCGACAGUCCGAUGUCAUGAUUGUCGCUGGUACCCUUACCAACAAGAUGGCCCCUGCCUUGAGAAAGGUUUACGAUCAGAUGCCUGAACCCCGUUGGGUUAUCUCUAUGGGAAGUUGCGCAAACGGUGGUGGUUACUACCAUUACUCUUAUAGUGUUGUUAGAGGUUGUGACCGAAUUGUUCCUGUCGAUAUUUACGUCCCAGGAUGCCCCCCAACCGCUGAGGCCUUGUUGUACGGUGUUUUGCAAUUGCAAAAGAAGAUGAGAAGAACCAAGAUUACUCAACUUUGGUACAGAAAGUAGAAAUAGUGUUUGACACAUAGUAUUUUAAAUUGUUACAAAAAAAUCCGCAACUUGCUGUUUUAUACUCCCCACUUA